AUGGCAAUCACAGUGCCUAGAAUAAAACUGGGUUCACAAGGUUUUGAGGUAUCAAAACAGGGACUGGGCUGCAUGGGAUUGACCUUUAACCAUGGUUCUCCCAAGCCAGAAGAGGAAAUGAUCAAACUCAUCCACCACGCCAUCAACACCGGCGUCACCUUCCUCGACACCUCCGAUAUAUACGGUCCCCACACCAACGAACUCCUUGUUGGCAAGACCAAACCGAGAGAAAAGUGA